CGCGGCGGCCGAGGCGGGAAGUGCAAGCUGAGUGCAAGCGGCUGCGCCAUGGCGCGAGUGUGGCAGCACCCAUUCCUCAACGUCUUCAGACAGUUCAAGGUGGACGAGUGGAAGCGGUCCACUAAGGAGGGCGACGUGGCCACGGUGAUGGACAAGACCCUAAAGUGCACUGUGUAUCGCAUUAGAGGCACUGUCUCCGCCAGCAAUUACAUCCAGCUCCCCAAAACCAGCACGCAGUCCCUGGGGCUGACAGGACGAUACCUGUACUUGCUUUUCCGACCCCUGUCCACCAAGCACUUCGUCAUCCACCUGGACUUGUCCACUGAGGACAGGCAGGUCAUCCGUGUAUCCCUUUCCAACCUCUUCAAGGAAUUCAAGUCUACAGCCACGUGGCUUCAGUUCCCCUUUAUUUGUGAAGGGACGUCCAGGAAAGACCUGGCAGGUGCGGCUCCCCCUGGUGCCCGCUGGACCUGCCUGCAGCUGGACCUGCACGACCUCCUCCUUGUCUACCUGAACCGGCGCUACAGCCAUCUCAAGAGCGUCCGGCUGUGUGCCAGCCUGCUGGUCCGAAACCUCUACACCAGCGAUCUGUGCUUCGACCCAGCUGUCACUGUCGCCGAGGCCCGGCGGGCAAAGCUGCCCGUCACCCCCAUGCCUCGAGAAAUGGCGUUUCCAGUGCCAAAGGGGGAGAACUGGCACGACCACUACAUUCACAUCCGGUUUCCAAGCGACAGCCCAGCAGCGCCCUCCAAGCUGGUCCAGAGGAACUGCUCCCCUCCUGAGGCAGGCUUCCCGAGACAUGUGCCACAGCUUCUCCCUCGCCCAGGGCCCUUCAGCAGGUCCAGGCCGGACAGCGGGUCCCCUGUGGUUCAGACGCUUGGCCCCACAGCUGUGAGUGCCUGUGCCCCUAGACAUGGGGCUAAGGAAGGUAGCCCCAGGGUCUGGCGGACACUGUCCCCUCCACAGUCCUGGCAGGCCUCCUUGGGGCUCCUUCCAGAGGAUGGCCUGUCCUCUGAAUGCUCAGAAGUCUCCAUCGUGGGUGGCUCCGGGGUUGAUAGACGAGAGCCCCCAGCCAGCGCGAAGGCCACUCACAAGCUUGCUGCUGGCAGUGGCCCUCCGGUGUCUGCGGCUGUGGUGCCCCCGGCCCCAGAGGAUGCAACCAAGCAUGAGAGCUUCCUGCCAGAUCCGGUCCUGAGGCUCAAGAGAGUCAUUGGCCUUGGGGGCCACAGCACUAAAUGGGCCCUGUGGACCAAGGAUGGGGCUGCUGUCGUGUACCCCUGCCACGCGAUCAUUGUGGUCCUGUGCAUUGACACCCGGGAGCAGUGCUUCUUCCUCGGCCACACAGACAAGGUCUCUGCCCUGGCACUGGAUGGGAGCAACUCUCUGCUGGCCUCAGCCCAGGCACACCCCCACGGCAUGCUGCGUCUCUGGGACUUCCAGACCAGGAGCUGCCUGUCCCUGUUCCGGAGCCCUGUCCACACCGUCUGCUCCCUCAGCUUCUCCGACAGUGGGGCACUACUCUGCUGCAUUGGCAAGGACCGCCAUGGGAAGAUGAUGGUGGUGGCCUGGGGCACUGACCAGGUGGGGCGAGGCGGUGAGGCCGUCAUUCUCGCAAAGGCAAACACCGACGUCGACAUCCAGGCUUUUGAGAUCGCCUUUUGUAAUGAAACCAGGAUGGCGUCGUGCGGGCGGGGCAAUGUGCGGCUGUGGCGGCUUCGCGGUGGGGGCCUGUGCUCCUGCCCUGUGGACCUGGGGGAGCAUCACGCAGUCGAGUUCACGGACCUGGCCUUUGGGAAGGCCCAGGACGGCCACACGCUCUACGUUUGCAGCCGUAGUGGUCACAUCCUGGAGAUCGACCACCAGCGCAUGGCUGUGCGGCGCGCUCGCUAUCUCCUGCCCACGCAGACUCCCGGCAGCCCCCUCCCACAGAAGCAGGCCUUCAGCUUGGGCCCCGGCAUCGCCAUCAGCAGCCUCAGCGUCUCCCAGGCUGAGUGUGCGGUGGGCUCGGAGGACGGCUACCUGCGCCUCUGGCCUCUGGACUUCUCCUCUGUGCUCCUGGAGGCAGAGCACGAAGGCCCCAUCAGCUCAGUCCGACUCAGCCCCGAUGGCUUGCAUGUGCUGUCCACCACCUCCUCGGGCCAUCUGGGCUUCCUGGACGUCCCCUCCCGGGAGUAUAAUGUGCUGGUGCGCUCCCACACUGCCCCGGUGCUGGCCCUCGCCACCGAGUGCAGCCGAGGACAGCUGGCCACCGUGUCCCAGGACCACACUGUCCGAGUCUGGGAUCUGUCAACCCUGCAGCAGCUCUACGACUUCACGUCGCCCGAGGAAGCGCCGUGUGCAGUCGCCUUCCAUCCCACGCAGCCAGUCUUCUUCUGCGGCUUCAGCAGCGGGGCCGUCCGCUCCUUCAGCCUGGAGGCCACCAGGGUCCUGGUGGAACACAGGUGUCACCAAGGAGCUAUCACCGGCCUGGUCACCAGCCCCGAUGGCAGCCUCCUGUUCAGUGCCUGCUCUCAGGGCGCCCUGGCCCAGUACCACUGCACUGCCACUUGCUGCCGCGUCCUGCGUGUUGCAGCCAACGUGGUGUGCCGGGAUGCCCUCCCAAGUCCCAACGCCUUGGCCGUCAGUGGGGACAACCGCUUGCUGGCCUUCAUGGGUCCCUUUAAGUACAUGGUGACCAUCAUGGACGCAGCCUCCCUGGAUGAUCUGCUACGGGUGGACGUCAGUGCCCUGGACCCGGCCAGCAGCGGCCUGGACUCGGCUGUGGCUGUCUGCUUCAGUCCCGCACCCCGUAGCCACCUGCUGGUGUCCUUGUCAUCCAACAAGGUUGUGGUGCUAGACGCCAUAUCGGGCCGCCUGGUUCGAGAGUUUUGUGAUGUGCACCCCGUGGCCUGCUCCGCCCUGGCUCUCAGCGGGGAUGCCCGCUUGCUGCUGACAGCUGCCGACCGAGCCAUCAAGGUGUGGGACUACUUAACGCAGUCUGACCCCAGCUGCCAGGUGUACAUUGGCCACUCGGAGCCCGUGCAGGCUGUGGCCUUCACCCCUGACCAGCAGCAUCUCCUCAGCGUGGGAGAUGCCAUCUUCCUCUGGGACAUCCUGGCCUCCCCGGAGAGGUCGCCCCCAGAAAGCGUCCCAGGCUCACCCGGGCCCCCCCCAACCUGUGAGGCUGUGAGUGGUCGCACCGCAGUGGAAGGUCCAAAUGCAAGUCAGCAGGAGGAUGCGCUGUCCGGGACCAAUGGGCUCCCUCGGUGGCCCGUGCCAUCCCAGGCAGCCCCACCCCAGCUGAGCAUCUGUGCUGGGCCCUUAGAUGGCGGCGAUGGCACUUCCUCUGUGUCAGAUGAAGGACCCCCUGAGGAGAGCCACAGCCCUGAGGGGCUCUGCCAGGCCCCAGGCCCACCCGUGCUGGUGCAGAAGGAGGCCUGUGGGGCUGGAGACGGGGCCGCAGGGCGCCCUUGGGACCCCAGCGUGCUGCCCCACCCCCAUGGCCAGCCUAGUAAGCAAGGUGCCUGGAGCCUCAGGAGAGCCAGGACCCAGCCCACUGCCCGCCCGGACGCCUACAAACACUUCACAGCACGCUACAAAGCCUCCCUGAUGGCCAAGGUUGUACCGGGGUGGGAUCCUCACAGCCUCUGCCGCAGGUGGACACCCAGAGGGUCGGGGGUGAGGGUGGCACAGCCCUGUGGUUUCUGGGAGUGUCCCUUCUUCCUAAUUCAUGGGUUCCCCCGGGUCUCCCUGGCGCUGCUGCCAAAGUUGACGGCGGUGCAGGCCUUGACAGUGGUCACUUCACAGAACGUUUCCUCCCCUCCUGCGGGGGGCGAGUGGCUGCACCUGAAGGCUGUUGUGGGCUACAACGGGAAUGGGCGGGCCAACGUGAUCUGGAGGCCAGACACAGGCUUCUUUGCCUACACCUGCGGCUGCCUGGUGGUAGUGGAGGACCUGCACUCCGGCUCCCAGCAGCACUGGCUCGGCCACUCCGAGGAGAUCUCCACGCUGGCUCUCAGCAACGACGCCCAGGUCCUGGCCUCGGCCUCCGGGAGUAGUGGUGCCGCCUCUGGCUGCCAGAUCCGCAUCUGGGAUGUGCCUGGGGGUUCCUGCCAGCAGCUCCUUUCUCACCACUGCACCGCUGUGCAAGCCCUAGCCUUCUCGCUGGAUGAUCGGCUCCUUGUCACACUAGGGGACUAUGGUGACCGAACCCUGGCCCUGUGGAGCAUGGCCACCUAUGAGCUCGUUUCGUCUACCCACCUCCCAGAGCCGGUGCACGACAUGGCCUUCAACCCCUGGGGUGCCGGGGAGCUCGCCUGUGUGGGCCAGGGUGCCCUCACCUUGUGGCUCCUGCAGCAGCGCGGGGCCGACAUCAGCCUCCAGGUGCACCGAGAGCCCAUCCCCGAGACGGUGGGGGCGGGCGAGCUGACGUCCCUGUGCUAUGGGGCCGAGCCGCUGCUGUACUGCGGCUCCAAUGCCGGCCAGGUCUGUGUCUGGGACACGAGUGCCAGCCGUUGCUUCCUGGCCUGGGAGGCUGACGACGGUGAGAUCGGAGUGCUGCUGUGCUCGGGAUCGCGGCUGGUCAGUGGCAGCAACACCAGGCGGCUGCGCCUGUGGGCCGUGGGAGCUGUGGCGGAGCUGAGGCGCAAGGGCUCCGGAGCCAGGUCCAGCUCUGUGUUCAUGGAGCGAGAGCUGACCCUGGACGGGGCCAUUGUGAGCGCUGUCUUCCACGAGAGCAUGGACAUGGGUGUGGUGGGCACCACAGCGGGCACGCUCUGGUAUGUCAGCUGGGCCGAGGGCACCAGUACCCGCCUCAUCAGCGGCCACAGGAGCAAGGUGAACGAGGUGGUCUUCAGCCCCAGCGAGUCCCACUGUGCCACGUGUGGAGACGAUGGGAGUGUGCGGGUGUGGUCCUUGUCCAGCAUGGAGCUGGUAAUCCAGUUCCAGGUGCUGAACCAGAGUUGCCUCUGCUUGGCUUGGAGCCCCCCAUCCUGUGGGCGCCCAGAACAGCAGCACAUGGCGGCAGGUUACAGUGAUGGCACGUUGCGUGUCUUCAACGUCUCUCGAAUCUCCAUGGAGCUCAAGAUGCAUCCACACCUGGCUGCGCUGACGGCCAUCGCCUUCUCUGCUGACGGUCAGACCAUCAUCUCUGGAGACAAGGACGGGCUUGUGGCGGUGAGCCAGCCACGCACAGGUCUGACCUUCCGCACACUGAGCGACCACCGGGGCGCUCCCAUCUCUACCAUCCAGAGCACGAGCAAGGAGGUGAAGUGGCCAGCAGGCCUCAUCUGGGGGGUGCUGGCAGAGAAGGGGCUUGGGCAGAGUGGGGCAGGAGGUACUCACCUGCCCUUACCCGCCCAGAAUGGAGCCUUCGGGGUGGAGGGCACAGACUUGUGGUUGGCCGCCAGCGGGGACCAGCGGGUCAGCAUCUGGGCCUCCGACUGGCUGCGGGACUGCUGUGAGCUGGUGGACUGGCUGAGCUUCCCGGCACCGAUCCUCACGGAGGUGAGGGUCCUGGGGGCACCUCGGGUGGGGUCGGUGCCUGCCCAUCCUGCCACAGCACGUUGUGCCUUUCCUCAGGCUUCAGACUGCUCGCCACCCUCCCUCGCCGCCUUCUGUCCCUGGGAUAGGACGCUGCUGGUGUGUGCAGGCCUCGGCCCCCAUCCAGAGGUGGUCUUUUACAGCCUCUGCCUGAAGCAGGUGGUGAAGAAGAUCCCACUGCCUUUCUUUGCUGUGUCCCUGAGUCUGUCCCCCAGGGCCCACUUCAUGGCCAUUGGCUUUGCUGAGCGUGUGCUGAGGCUGGUGGACUGUGUGUCAGGGGCCGCACAAGACUUUGCUGGCCACGACGACGGGGUACAGCUCUGUAGGUUUGCCCCGUCUGCCAGCCUGCUCUUCACGGCGGCCCACAACGAGAUCUUGGUGUGGGAGGUCACAGACUGCUGAGCUGCACUGGGGACCUUGGGGUCAGGUGUGCUGUCCCGGUCACACUGGGCACCUGGCCUGGGCAGGGGCUCUCCUGAGAAGCCGGGUUAGUGGAGAACCUCGUGCUAGGCCAGGGUGGCUGGGUGGGCGCAGUCCCUUCACACUGGUUGGGCUCAGGACUCUCUGUAUGUAAAUCAUCAAGACCCCAAACAUGUGUAAAGUGCUUGUUGGCACCUGAGUGCUUUUCUGUGUUUCUACCUGUACAGUUGAAAUAAAUGUGGGUGUUGCAUUGUC